CUGCGGCGCGUUCCAGGAAGUAAUACUCCUCCAUUGGGUCAACGUCGGCGCGACGCAGUAGUUUGUGGUUCGACGGAAAGCCGCCGCCAUGCCGCCCGGGCCUGUUCAGAUCAUCCAGCCGGAGAGCAACAAGAAUGAUGCACCUCAAGAAGAAACCCCAGCCACCAAGCCUAUCGUUGGCAUCAUCUACCCUCCUCCUGAAGUGCGAAACAUUGUUGAUAAGACAGCCAGCUUUGUUGCCAGGAACGGACCAGAGUUUGAAGCCAGAAUCCGUCAAAAUGAAAUCAACAAUCCAAAGUUUAAUUUCCUUAAUCCCAAUGACCCUUACCAUGCUUACUAUCGACACAAAGUCAACGAGUUUAAGGAGGGCAAAGCACAGGAGCCAUCUGCAGCUGUGCCUAAGGUCAUGCAGCAGACCAUGCAGCAGUCUCAGCAGCUUCCACAAAAAGUGCAGUCACAAGUCAUUCAGGAAACAAUAGUCCCCAAAGAGCCUCCCCCGGAGUUUGAGUUCAUAGCAGAUCCUCCAUCGAUCUCAGCAUUUGAUCUGGAUGUUGUCAAGCUCACCGCCCAGUUUGUUGCUCGCAAUGGCCGUCAGUUUCUCACUCAGCUCAUGCAGAAAGAGCAAAGGAACUACCAGUUCGACUUUUUGCGGCCUCAACACAGCCUUUUCAACUACUUCACCAAGCUAGUUGAACAGUACACCAAGAUUCUGAUUCCUCCCAAAGGCCUUCUCACCAAACUGAAGAAGGAGGCUGAGAACCCAAGAGAGGUUAUGGACCAGGUGAGGUACCGCGUUGAGUGGGCAAAGUUUCAGGAGCGCGAGAGGAAGAAAGAGGAAGAAGAAAGAGAGAAGGAACGAGUGGCGUAUGCUCAAAUAGACUGGCAUGACUUUGUGGUUGUUGAAACAGUGGAUUUCCAGCCUAAUGAACAAGGCCACUUCCCCCCACCAACUACACCAGAGGAGCUUGGUGCUCGCAUCCUGAUCCAGGAGCGCUAUGAGAAGUAUGGAGAGAGUGAGGAGGUGGAGAUGGAGGUUGAGAGUGAGGAUGAAGAGGAUGAGCGGGAGAACCGAGGCGACGGUCAUCCUUCACAGCCGGAUCAAGACACACAACUUCAGGACAUGGAUGAGGGAUCAGACGAUGACGAUGAUGGUGUGAAGGCUCCACUGCCACCAGACAACCCCAUGCCACCGCCACUGCCCCCAACUCCAGACCAGGUCAUUAUUCGCAAAGACUACGACCCCAAAGCUUCCAAGCCUCCACCUUCAAUCGCUGUGCCGGAUGAGUACCUUAUCUCACCAAUCACUGGUGAGAAGAUCCCAGCCAGUAAAAUGCAGGAGCACAUGCGUAUUGGUCUGCUGGAUCCACGCUGGCUGGAGCAAAGAGACCGCAGCAUCAGGGAGAGGCAGACAGAGGACGAAGUCUACGCUCCUGGUUUGGAUAUCGAGAGCAGCUUGAAGCAGCUGGCAGAGAGGCGUACUGAUAUCUUUGGUGUGGAAGAGACAGCCAUCGGUAAAAAGAUCGGUGAGGAAGAAAUCCAGAAGCCUGAGGAGAAGGUAACUUGGGAUGGCCAUUCCGGAAGCAUGGCUCGUACACAGCAGGCCGCACAGGCCAACAUCACUCUGCAAGAACAGAUCGAAGCCAUUCAUAAGGCCAAAGGUCUGGUUGGAGAGGAUGACACCAAGGAGAAAAUCGGCCCCAGCAAGCCGAGUGAGAUCCAUCAUCCUCCUCCAAUCCCCUCCUCUGCACCCAGUUUACCUAAACCCAGUCCUCCGGUCACUGCAGUGCCACGCCCGCCUGUCUCUGUGGCCCCUCCAGUGCGCACCACGCUCCUGUCUGCUGUUCCUGUAAUUCCAAGACCACCUGUGGCGCCGGUGGUGCGCCUCACACCAGGGCAAGUCAUCGCACCGAUGCCUCCCAUGAUUCCUGCUCCACGGAUCAACGUGGUUCCUAUGCCUUCAUCAGCGCCUCACAUCAUGGCGCCCAGACCACCGCCCAUGGUUGUUCCGGCCGCAUUUGUCCCAGCUCCGCCUGUUCCACAGCCGCCGUCCGCUGCUCCUGCACCUCCUGUUCACCCUCCUCCACCCCACGACGACGAGCCACUCAGCAAGAAGAUGAAGACAGAGGACAACCUCAUCCCAGAGGACGAGUUUCUUCGCAGGAACAAGGGCCCGGUUGCUGUUAAAGUUCAAGUACCCAACAUGCAAGACAAGACCGAAUGGAAGCUGAACGGCCAAAUACUGAAUUUCACCGUUCCACUCACAGAUCAAGUUUCUGUUAUUAAGGUGAAAAUUCAUGAAGCUACAGGAAUGCCAGCAGGAAAACAGAAGUUACAGUAUGAGGGCAUUUUCAUCAAGGACUCCAACUCCCUGGCUUAUUACAACAUGAACAACGGUUCAAUCAUUCAUUUGGCCCUGAAAGAGAGAGGUGGAAGAAAGAAGUGAGCCAGAGCACCAGAAGAAAAGGCCCUUCGGUGCUGUUAUGUCAUUUUAGUUUUAUGGAAAAUUAUGUUCCCUCUUCCUUACAAUGUAGUUUGAGGAGCACGGCGCUCUUCAAUGAUGAAUUAUAAUCCAGGUAGCAGGUGUUAUGUCUCAAUUUUUGUCUGUUGGUAACAUGUAAAAUUUCAUUGUUCAUUCAUUUAAAUAAAACAAUUGAAAAAUG